UAUCGGUUAAACAUGUAUUUAAAUGUUAAACAAUAUGAGAAUGUUUGUGCUGUGCUGGCGCACAAGUUUCUCAUGGAAGUCUAGGUGGCAGUGACAGAUCCCGGACCCGGAAAAGGAGUGCAUUUGGGGUUUCUUCUAUCAAAGACACCGUGGUGGUGAGAACCCGUUUCAGGACACAAUGGGCAAGCCAAAGAGGGAAAAGAAGUCCGCUAUCAAUGAGGUGGUCACCCGUGAAAUGACCAUCAACCUCCACAAGAGGCUCCACGGUAUUGGCUUCAAGAAACGUGCCCCCCGUGCCAUCAAGGCCAUCCGUGCCUUCGCUGAGAAGGAGAUGGGCACUAACGAUGUCAGAAUCGACACUCACCUCAACAAACAGCUGUGGUCUAAGGGUGUUAGGAACGUCCCCUUCAGGAUCAGAGUGCGGCUUGCCAGACGCAGGAACGAAGAUGAGGAUUCUCCCAACAAGCUGUACACCUUGGUGACAUACGUUGCAGUGCCUACCUUGAAAAGGAGCCAGACCCUUAAUGUUGAUGUGAGUCAAGAAUAAAAAGUAUUUGUAUAAACUCAA